AUGUUAACCAUCCGAAGAAAACUGGUUGCCCCGCUUUGGCGCUCGGCUUUGAGCACAAGAGGCAAUGCGACAGCGGCAACUCCAAGGUUGCCUCUAACGGGAAUCAGAGUCUUGGACAUAUCUAGAGUUCUCGCUGGACCAUAUUGCGCGCAGAUUCUCGGCGAUCUAGGAGCCGAAGUUAUCAAGAUCGAACAUCCGACACGAGGCGACGAUACGAGAGCAUGGGGACCUCCUUUUGCACCUUAUAAAGACGGACGAGAUGGCGAGGGCGAAAGUGCAUAUUAUUUAUCGGUGAACCGAAACAAGAGAUCGGUAGCAGUCUCAUUCAAGGAAAAAGAAGGGGCAAAACUGAUCCAAACCCUCGCUGCGAAAGCCGAUGUCAUCGUCGAGAACUACCUGCCCGGCACUCUGAAGAAAUACGGACUCGACUACAAUACCCUUGCCAAGACGAACCCUCGGCUUAUUUACGCGAGUAUAACUGGUUAUGGUCAGACAGGUCCAUACAGCAGUCGUGCAGGUUUUGAUGUCAUGGUCGAAGCUGAGAUGGGUCUGAUGCACAUCACAGGCCCACGGGAUGGACCGCCAGUAAAAGUCGGCGUUGCGGUCACUGACUUGACAACUGGACUAUAUGCGGUCAACAGUAUCCUAGCUGCUGUGAUCGAGAGGAGUCACUCUGGUCAGGGCCAGGCUUUGGAUGUGUGUUUGAGUGAUUGUCAGGUCGCGACUUUGGCGAACAUGGCGCAAUCUGUGUUGGUGACGGGGAAGAGAGAUGGUGGACGAUAUGGAACAUCACAUCCAUCUGUUGUGCCCUACCGCGCAUUCCGCACCAAAGACGGCGACAUCCUCAUUGGUGGGGCUAAUGACCGACUCUUCGGCGUUUUGUGCAAAUGCCUUGGUCAAGACAAUUGGGCAACUGACGAACGUUUCUCUACGAACUCAGCGCGAGUAGCGAAUAGAGAUGUGCUCGAACGGAUGAUUGAAGACAUUACAAGUUCCAAGCUAUCCAAAGAAUGGCUUGAUAUCUUUGAGGGUACUGGUCUGGCGUAUGCCAAGAUUAACGAUAUCAAGGACACGCUGGAGCAUUCACAUGUUGUGGCGAGAGAUAUGAUCAAGGAAAUCCAGCAUCCUGCAUGUGGGCAGUUGAAGGUUCUCAACAGCCCUGUCAAAUACUCCAGAACCCAGCCUUCGAUCCGCACGCCGCCUCCACUACUGGGAGAGCAUACUGAUGAGGUAUUAAGAGACGUACUGGGUCUAGAUUCAGCUGAGAUUGAGAGACUAAGAGAGAAGAAGGCCGUCGGUGGAUAA